AAUUUUUUUUGUUUAAAACUCCUAAAUUCUUCGCUGUACCCCCUGUAUAUAAUUGUUUAUGUGACCUGCAGUGUAAAAGAUUAACAUACUCGAUACUAUAAUAAAAGAUAAAAUCCAAGGGCAACAAAUUUGAACAAAUAUAACGGAUCGGUGAAGAGGUAAGCAGUGUUUUAUGAAAAUUGCACUAUGUCUGAUGUAAAAAUUGUGUCUUUGGAGAGUAAGGAUGUGAGAUUCCCAACGUCACUGGGUGCUCAUGGGUCCGAUGCUAUGCAUAAGGAUCCCGAUUACUCUUGUGCCUAUGUCAUAUUAAAAACAGAAAAUGGUCUGGAAGGUAACGGUUUAACAUUUACUUGCGGAAGGGGUACAGAAAUUGUUGUUACUGCUAUUAAUACAUUAUCAACAAUAGUUGUUGGAAAAUUGGCCGGAGAGAUUUUUAACGAUUUCGGAAACUUUUGGAGAUCACUAACCAGCGAAACACAAAUAAGAUGGUUAGGGCCGGAGAAGGGAGUUAUGCAUCUAGCUACAGCAGCCAUUAUAAACGCUCUUUGGGACCUUUGGGGUAAAAUCGAAAAGAAACCAGUGUGGCGCUUACUGGCGGACCUAACACCCGAACAGUUGGUCUCAGUAAUCGAUUUCCGAUACAUUUCCGAUGUGAUUACUAAAGAAGAAGCCAUCGAAAUCCUAAGACAAUCACAAACAGGAAAAGAACAGAGAAUUCAAACACUUCUUACAGGGGGAUAUCCGGCCUACACAACACAAGUGGGUUGGUUGGGAUAUACCGAGGAAACUGUAACCCGACUUUGCCAUGAAUAUUUAGCUCUGGGUUACACGCACUUCAAAGUAAAAGUAGGUCAAAAUAUUGAAGAUGAUAUCCGACGAUUGAGAACUGUAAGAAAAAUUGUGGGGCAGGACAAUAUUGUCAGCAUUGACGCAAACCAAGUGUGGGACGUUAACCAGGCGAUAGAAUGGGUUAAGAGAUUAGCAGAAUUUAAGUUACUUUGGAUAGAAGAACCGACCUCUCCCGACGACGUUUUGGGCCAUUUGGCAAUUUCAAAUGCAUUGAAACCGCUCGGCAUCGGCGUCGCAACGGGGGAAAUGUGUUGCAACAGGGUUCUGUUCAAACAAUUUUUACAAUCUAACGCUAUCCAGUACUGCCAAAUCGACUCGGCAAGAAUUGGAGGCGUUAACGAAAUUCUCAGCGUAUAUUUAAUGGCGAAAAAGCUUGGAAUCAAAGUUUGUCCCCAUGCUGGUGGGGUCGGGCUUUGUGAAAUGGUACAGCACUUGCAGAUGUGGGACUAUGUGGCGCUUUCGGGAGACAAAGAGGGUCGAUGGGUCGAAUACGUUGAUCAACAACACGAACAUUUCGUUAAUCCGGUUGUUAUCAAAAACGCACAUUAUCAGGCACCAUUGGUAAUUAACGUACAUAAAUAGCUAAUUAAAUGUAAACAUUUACAGCAAAUA